AUGAGUAAAUUUGACAUCAGUGCUAUUCGCAUCUGCUUCAAGAAAAUAAGAAACAAGCCAACCACAAUCAUAGCCAACGUGGAGGAAGAGAAGAAGGAUGAGUUGUGCAGGCAGCUGAAGAGGCUGUUUGGGUGUGGAGGGUCUGUGGACAAGGAUGGCCAUGUUGUGUUACAGGGAAACCAUGUUAUAAAGCUACUGGCAGAUAAGGAAGCGUAUUUUGGAGAGAAGACCGUCCAGAAGGUGGAGACUAUCUAA